UUCGUCCUAAGUAGGAGUGGGGUGUCAGAUGUAUAAACAUCUCUCGCCAUCUCCUUUCUCUUUAAACUUCGCCAUCACCGCGGGGGGAAACUCCUCCUAUCCUCCUAUUCUUACGUCCAAUUAAUUAUUAGGGUCUGGCCCUUUAAGACGGACCAGAGGGUCAGCAAGUGGCGUAGAGUUUCUCUAAUUGAACUUCGCCCAAUCAACAACAACUCGUUAGCGGUCGCUUGAUCUCUCCUGUUUUUUUUGCGCUUGGGCUUAUUUUUUGUGUGUGUAGCGACUUGGCCCCCGUGGACAGUGUCAUUUUCUUUCCCCAAACAAAUUCAUGGGGCUUCACGGAAAAAGUGGGAUUGCUACAAGCGGACUGGGGCUCGGGUGCCUGUGAGAGCGCAGCGCACUACUGAAGCAAUGGUGUUUUCGGACGAACCCCUCAGACCGAAGAUUGCCAGCGGUUCCGUUUAAAAAGACAACGAUACGAAGAGAGAGAGAGAGAGAGAGAGAGAGAGAGAGAGAGAGAGAGAGAGAGAGAGAGAGAGAGAGAGAGAGAGUUGUUUUGUUGUUUUUAUGCAGAAGGAAGCGAUCGCGGCUGUUGCUCGAAAUAGAAAACUUUGGUAACACUUUCUCAUAGGACUGUCAUGACCUCCAGUAAAGACAUGAAGGCAGGCUCGGUGUUGCAAUCGGGCAGCGAAGAGAGGAGACGGGGUCCUUUAGAUCAGCUGCCACCCCCCGCUAACUCCAACAAGCCUCUAACUCCGUUCAGCAUUGAGGAUAUCCUAAACAAACCGUCCGUGAAGAAGUCGGUGACGAGUCUGUGUCCGCCGCGCGUGCUCGAGAAGGUAGCGGGAGCGAAUGCAGUGCGGAACGGCCUCAGCACUCCCUCUUCCCCCUUAUGCGCUCUGGAGGAGCUAGCAAGCAAAACUUUUAAAGGACUUGAAGUCAACGUUAUACAAGCCGCAGAAGGACGUGAACAGCUGAACGCGUUCGGCCAGCGGCAGGUGUCGAAAAAGCGGCGGAAGUCGCGCACAGCCUUCACCAACCACCAGAUCUACGAGUUAGAGAAGCGCUUCCUGUACCAAAAGUACCUCUCGCCGGCUGACCGCGAUCAGAUCGCACAGCAGCUUGGCCUCACCAACGCACAGGUCAUCACCUGGUUCCAGAACCGACGAGCUAAGCUCAAGAGAGACCUGGAAGAGAUGAAGGCGGAUGUCGAGUCGCUGAAGAAGAUCCCCCCACAGGCGCUGCAAAAACUCGUGUCUAUGGAGGACAUGGACGAUGCGCACGGAGGCUCGGCUCCGAUCUCACCGAGCGCGUCGCCGACAGCACACGGCCUCAGAGUCUUCCCUCAGUCGCCGCCUUCAUCUCGAGGCCAAACCACAGACGAGUUCUCCGAAGAGGACGAAGAGAUCGAGGUGGACGAUUGAGACCUGGCCCAGUCAUUUUCCGUACCGGGCGUCUCUCUUUUUCUGUGCUGAUGAAUUUGAAAUGUCCUCAUUGCUCUCUGCAGCAGCAGAACAGUCGUUUUUAUCCACACAACUUUUGCACGAAUGCUGAACUCUGCGGAAGAACUUAAAAUUGAAAGGAUGUUUUUUUUCCCUCCCCUUUCUCUCUUAUGUUUUAAUUUAUUGCAAGGAUUGUGAAAGCCUCCACGACUGACGACGAGCUGAAAAGGAGUACAUUUCAUUCAGUAGGAUCUGAGAAUUGAUUAGUGAUUGUGGUACAAGAUCACGAAUGCAACAUGUAUGUAGGUUUUUUUUUUUUUUUGUUUUUUUUAAAUGUUUAUUUUAUGACACAUAAUGAGGGGAAACUUGUGCAAUUGUUUCGUUACGCAGUUAGUCAGUAUCACACCAACUACACUACUGUUAUAGCUGCUAAUGAUGCGCAUCUGCCAAAUGUGAUUUUUUUUUUUUCCAAUGAAUUUCUCAGAUAUAUAGGUCAUAUUUAUAUUUAUACAAUGUCAAGAAAGAUGUCAGUUGAGUCAUAGGAAUAGUAUUUGCCACUUCGCUGAAAAUUAAUAUUCUCAGUUACAAUUGCUGAAACAUUUUCUCCCGUAUUAGUGAUAUAUUUGUAAUUCUGGUCCUUAACUCUGGAUGAAAAGCCACUCUUAAGUCUAAAAACUUUUGAAAAGAACUUAAUAGCCAAAUGAUCCAAAUAACGGGGGGAGGUUGUGUGUAUAAAUCAACUUAUGAUGCAUUUACGCGAUAAAGUUAUUGUAACAUUCUAUUUAAUCACCAUUUAUGUAAAUAAAGGUUAUAUGAUAUUUCA